AUGACUAAAUGGCAAAUGAUCUUUUUUAAAUUCGAUAUCAUCUUCACCACGCAAAAAGCAAUCAAGGGACAGGCUAUAGUAGAUCAUUUGGGUAAAAAUCCAAGAGAAGAUGAUUAUCAACCGCUUCACACUUAUUUUUCAGAUGAGAAGGUCCUAUUUAUUGGUACAGCUGAAGAUAUGAAUGAGCAAUACCCUGAGUGGAGACUAUUCUUUGAUGGUGCUUCGAAUUCUUUUGGAGUUGGGAUCGGAGCUGUUCUAGUAUCGCCUGAAGGAAAACAUUAUCCCAGUUUCACUAAAUUACGAUUUUUCUGCACUAACAAUAUGGCUGAAUAUGAAGCUUGCAUUUUUGGACUAAAAAUAGCGCUGGAGAUGGAGAUCAAGAAUUUAAUAGUGUUUAGUGAUUCCGAUCUACUCGUGCAUCAAACGCUCAAAGAAUGGGUAACUCAAGAUUCAAAGAUUUUGUCAUAUCAUUGCAAUUUACUGGAUUUAGCAAAAAAAUUCAGAAGUUUGGAGUUCAGACAUAUUUCACGUGCUCGAAAUAUUUUUGCUGAUGCUUUGGCCACUUUAUCUUCAAUGAUUCAACAUCCAGAUGAGUUGGUGACUGAACCUAUCCAGAUUCAAUUACAAGAAAAGCUUGCACAUUGUCUAGUUAUGGAAAAAUCUUCUGAUGGCCAUCCCUGGUACAGUGAUAUUAAAGAAUUUCUCAAAAUCGAGUCCUAUCCUCCAAGUGCUGAUACGACUGCUAAAAGUUUUUUGUGCAAAUUAUCAUCCAAAUUUUUCUUAAAUGGGAAGGUGGUAUACAAAAGGACAUCAGACUUGGGCCUUUUAAGAUGCGUUGAUGAAGAUGAAGCAGAUUAUUUAAUGAAAGAAGUGUACAGUGGUGGUGACAGUCGGAAUUCUACUAUUUAUAGACUACAGAUGAAUGGAGCUGUGGAGGCAGUGAACAAGAACUUGAAAAAGAUAAUCCGUAAAAUGACUGAAAAACAUCAUGAUUGGCACGAAAAACUCCCCUACGCAUUAAUGGCAUAUAGAACUUCUAUUCGGACUUCUACUGGGGCAAUGCCUUACAACCUCAUGUACGGAAUGGAAGCAGUUUUGCUAGCUGAGGUUGAAAUUCCUUCAUUGUGCAUACUAAUGGAGACCAAACUGGAUGACACUGAUUGA